AUGCCCACACCCAUAGCAACACCGAACAACAUACCCCCCUACACACCCAUGCCCUCCCUGGGCCACGAACUAGGCGUCAUGUUCGGUUUCAUCGUCGCCUGCUUGCUGAUCAUGGCGGUGUACAUCUAUUUCUGGCGGGCCGCCGACCGCCGCGACAAGCAGCGUGAUAGGGAUCGGCAGAGAGACCUUGCUCGACGGGCGUUCCGGUUCGAGCGUCACGAGCGUCUCCGGGAAUGGGGACGUCCGCAGGAGAAGAUGCUGGAUAGGGAGAUUGUGCAGCCGGUUGGGGCGGUGGGAUUACCGUCUUUGCGUGGUGGUGGUCGUGAGAGGAGAUGA